GUGAAUCGGGUAGUCAUGUAUUCGGUAGCAUCACCGAUGGUGUCUUUCAUGGGAAGAUAGUGUCGUCACGAGCUGAUGCAUGGUACGUGGAAAGAGCACACUAUUAUUUUCCACCGCACGAGAUAAACGAGACCUUGCAUUCCGUGAUCUAUCACGAAAAUGACGUCGGUGAUCCGUACUCUGAAGUACGACAAGGUGACUCGGGUGGUUGUGGUAUUAACAAUCAAAUGAUCGAAUGGAUGGAAAAAAUCCAAAAUUCUGGUGAAUUAGAUGUCCCGAUUCCUAUUAAAUUGAAAAAAAAUGUUAAGCCAAAGGUUGAGCCAUGGACUGGCGAUCCGGAAACACCUGGACACAAAUAUACCAGAGAAGCUAAUGAACCUAAUCAUCGAAGAACACGCAGAGCAACAAGACCAAAGGAAGACAAUAAGAACACCUGUUCGUUGUUCAUUCAAACGGAUCCUCUUAUUUGGCGGCAUAUAUCUGAACAGCUGCAUCACGACGCGGAAAAAACGAAAGAGGAAAUCCUCUCUUUGAUAGCGCAUCACGUAACUGCCGUGAACUACAUUUACAGAGACACCAGAUUCGACGGUAGAAUCGAGCACAGGAACAUCAAGUUCGAAGUGCAAAGGAUAAAGAUCGACGACGAUACAGCGUGCACGCAACAACAGAAUUACGGUGAACCAAAUCCAUUUUGCAUGGAAAACAUAGACGUCAGUAAUUUUUUGAAUUUACACUCGUUGGGUAAUCACGAGGAUUUUUGUCUCGCUUACGUGUUCACUUAUAGAGAUUUUACCGGUGGUACGCUCGGACUCGCUUGGGUUGCUUCAGCGUCCGGUGCUUCCGGUGGUAUUUGCGAAAAAUAUAAAACCUAUACGGAAACAGUUGGUGGGAUGUAUCAAUCAACAAAAAGAUCUUUAAACACUGGUAUCAUAACUUUCGUCAAUUACAACAGCAGAGUUCCGCCUAAAGUUUCUCAAUUGACAUUGGCACACGAAAUAGGCCAUAAUUUUGGAUCACCGCACGAUUUUCCACCGGAAUGUAGGCCAGGUGGUUUGCAUGGUAAUUAUAUCAUGUUUGCUUCUGCAACGAGCGGUGAUCGGCCUAACAACAGCAAAUUUUCAAGAUGUAGCAUCGGUAAUAUCAGCAACGUCUUGGAUGCUAUUGAGGAUAACAAGAAGAGGAAUUGUUUUACUGCGUCCGCCGGUGCAUUUUGCGGUAAUAAAAUCGUUGAAGCUGGCGAGGAAUGCGAUUGUGGUUACGACGACGACGAAUGCGUUGAUAAAUGUUGUUAUCCUAGGCAAGUGUCGGAAUUGGCUAAGAUUAAAAACGAAACGGCUAAAGGGUGUAGCAGAAAAUACGGUACACAAUGCAGUCCCAGUCAAGGACCAUGUUGCUCUAGCGAUACGUGCCAAUUCGUACCAUACUCUCACAACGUUCAAUGUAAAACAGAAUCGGAUUGCAGUUAUAAUUCCACGUGCAAUGGGAAAUCAUCUGAGUGUCCUGCACCAUUGCCAAGGGCCAAUAAAACAAGAUGCAACGAAGGAACUCAGCUGUGUAUCAACGGCGAGUGUACCGGAUCCAUUUGUCUUGAAUGGAAUAUGACUGAGUGUUUUUUAACGAGCAACAUCAUUCCAAACAUAGACAAACGAAAACUUUGCGAGCUUGCUUGCCAGAAUGGUACCGAUCCAUCGACUUGUCGAAGUACAAGCGAGUUUGCCCAAGUCGUUGGCCUACCGGAUGGUGGAAUCAGUUUGAGACCUGGCUCACCCUGUGACAACUUUCAGGGUUACUGCGACGUCUUCUUAAAAUGUAGAGCGGUCGAUGCCGAAGGACCACUCGCACGAUUGAAAAAUCUCUUAUUCAAUAAGGAAACUUUAUCGACCGUGGCCCAAUGGGUAACUGAAUACUGGUGGGCAGUGCUGUUAAUGGGUAUAGCUUUUAUCAUUUUUAUGGGAUUGUUUAUCAAAUGUUGUGCAGUGCAUACGCCGUCUAGUAACCCGAAGAAACCACCUGCAAGACGUAUUAGCGAUACAUUGAGAAGGCCAAUGAACACCCUUAGGAGGAUGCGACAUCCUCACGGAGGUGGAGGACCAGGACCAAGGAGUAUACCUCCAAGACAAGGUCAAGGAGGAUAUAGUGGAACACGAGGGCCCUCUCAUGGUUAUGGAGAGGGUAGGGGAGCUCAGCAUUAUCCUAAAGGCUAUCGCUUGGUUCCCACAGCUAGUGCGCCACCAAGUAGCAGUGUCACAGGGAACUACGGUCGUUCCAACCACCCAGAAUUGUACGCCGGUGCCUAUUCGAACACCGGGGGAGGGGUUGCUCCUGGCAGAGCCCAGGCCUACGAGAUGAGACAUCACAAUAAAGUUUGACGAUCCUAGAAUGCUGUCACACUCAGCAGGAGGCAUCGGUGUCGUCGUAUCGUAAAAAUAACGUGCCCGGAUAUUUGUGAAACAAACCAAUAAAGAACAAGAAAAAUAUACAAGAAGAGGAAGAAGAAGAUGAUGAUGAUGAUGAAGAUUAAGAUGAAGAUCUUGAAGAUUGCAAUAAGAAAAAAAAAACGUCCGGCAAAUUGUGUGUUUUCGAUAAUGAUGAUGAUGAUAAUGAUGAUAAUGAUGAUGAUAAUGAUAAAAUAAUAAUGAUGAUAAUGAUAAUUGAUAUUAUCUACAAUUUUGUACACACGCCGCGUGGUGCUGUUGACUCUAUUAUAAACAAUUUCAUGAAAAAUUUCGAGAAAAGCACCGCUGUAUGUGUCAUUUCAAAUCCGUAUUUACGUUUUUAAAAACUAUUCGCGUGCGAGCGAGCGAGCGAGCGAGCGUGUAUGAGUGAAUGAUGAUGAUGAUGAUGAUGAUGAUGAUGAUAAUGAUGAAUGAUUGUAUGCGUACGACACCGUUAUAUGUGCGUUAUCAUUGGAUGACAAAGUCAAAGUCAUAAAAUAUCGUUUUAUGCUUCGUCUCUAAAAGUGUGUAUGUUGUGUAAUUUGGAAAGAACGCGGAGCUAGAAAAUAAUAAAAAGGUAAUAGAAGUGUUUAAAAAAUAGGCCUUUGCGAGCUUGCGAAGAAUCGAUUUUCGAAGUUGGCAUAUGGUUGUGAAGUUUCGUAUCACUUUCCAUAGGAACAAAACAAAAAUGGAAAAGAAAAAGAAAGAGAAUAUGUAAUUAAUUACUUAUUACUUAUAAUCACGACCUACUUAUAUCAAAGCCCUUGGCAACAACAGAAAAUAUACGUUUUCAGAUAUUUUUAAUUAUACGCAAAAUGGGGACGACAGCUACACUAAAAACUUCCUUUAUAAUUUCGAAUAAUAAAUAAAAGAAAAGAAAAGAGAACAAAAAAAAAGAACAGACGAAAAAAAACACCGAAGAUUAUUCUUCUAUCUCUCGUGUGCUUAUUAUUAUUAUUAUAUUUGCAUUUUUCUUUUUUUUUUGUUGCAAAUCGCGAUUUGAAUUUAAACAACAAUUUAAAGCAUUGAUAUUAAUCGGAUCUUUCGAGUAAUGUUACUUUAAUGAAAUAUUUUACGCGCGUAUCUUUUCUUGGCCGUCUCGUAAUAAGUUGCAGCGAAAGAAAACCAAUAUGUGAUCAUAUAUAUAUAUUUUUUUUUCUUAUUAUUAUUAUUAUUAUUAUUUUAAUUAUAUAUAUAUGUAAAGUCUGUAACACGUUUUUUUUUUUAAACGUCUUUGCCACUAUUUUUACCGUUAGCAUUUAUUUACGCGAAUUCUUGUUAAUAAGGAGUAGAAGACUGUUGUAAAAAGAGAAUGAAAUAAUAGAAAGAAAGAAAGAAAGAGAGAAAGAAAAAAAAGAGUGAAAAUUCAAAAUAAUAGAUGUGGAACGCGACAAUAUCCAGAGAGAGAUAGAUACCCUUCGAUCUCUCUUGAGAAUAAUAGGAUAAGGAAUUUAAAAAAAAAUAAUUAAAAAAAGAAAAAAUAAAAUAAAAGAGAUUAAAAAAAAAGCAAGUAUUAAGAGAAAAAAAAAAAGAAGAACAAAGGUUCGGUUUAAUUUAAAAAACGAGAAGAGAAGUAACGUUUCCGUCGUUCGACACUUUAUCGUUUUAUUUCUUUGGUUUUUUUUUUUUAUUUUUCCCAUUUCUUUUUAUAUAUAUAUAUAUAUAUAUAUAUACACACUUCCGUGAAAACUUUUAAUGCAUGCAUAAAAUAACGUGUAUUGUAUAUUCUGAGAAUACUUAAAUUAAUAUCGUUGUUUAAAAAGAAAAAGAAAAAAAAAAAAGAAACAAAAAAACAAUUAAGUUCUUCCCGUGUAAAUACGUUGUACGUACGAAUUUGCAUCGAGAAAUAUUAUUUUUUUUUCCAUUUUUUUGUGUGAUGAAAUAAAUAUAUAUUUCUGGAUGGCAGAAACGCGUGCGUUUACAUUUUUUAGAUUGAAUUUUCUUUUUUUUUUGGUUUUUUUUGGUUUGAUACUCCUUGAUAGAUACUCGAAGAAGAGCAAAGAACAAAAAGAGAGAGAGAAAGAAAUAAGAAAAAGAGAGGAGUAAUCAUGUUCCAUAUCUUAAAAAACGAAAACGAACAGUCAAAGUCAGUCAUUUGAUAUUUAUCUAUCUAAAUGAUAAAUAACAUAACGCCUAUCACUACCAAACUGUUACAACAGGUCAUUCGUUUGAUCUCGGUACCAUUUUAGGAUAAAUAAUUAAAAAAAAAAAAAGAGAGAAAAAAGGGACAAAAAGAGAAAAAAAAAAAAA